CCUGACAGGAAGCAGAAACAGAAAGGAAAGUAAACAUCACUGCAUAUUGUGAAAGGUUAUCAUCUUUAAACAAUUUCAAUUACGACAAGGCAAGUGCAUCUGUAAAGCUCAUCCUGUAAUUAAAUUGCUCCUCACAUGAAUGCAGAGAUGUUCCUAUAUAUCAUAGGGUUGGUGGUCUUAUUUUAUGCCUGCCGGUGGUUAAGAGAGUUGAAGCAAGUGCCAAACAAAUCAGAGAAAUUUGUGUUCAUCACAGGGUGUGACACAGGCUUUGGAAACCUUCUAGCCAAAUAUCUGCAUAAAGAGGGUUUUUGUGUAAUUGCCGGCUGCUAUACAGAGAAAGGAGAGGUUGAGCUGAAGAAGGUCUGUUCGGCAAGACUCUCGACUGUUCAAUUAGAUGUUACUGAUAGUGAAAGCAUCAGAAAGGCUGCAGGCAUCAUAAAAACUCUGGUGAAAGAGAAGGGUCUCUGGGCUGUUGUAAACAAUGCAGGAAUAUCUCAGCCAUCAGGGCCUAUUGACUGGAUGGUUAUUGAUGACUUUAUGAAUAUGAUCAACGUGAACCUAUUAGGCGUCAUUGCUGUGACCUUGAGUGUGCUACCCUUAAUUAAGAAAGCUAAGGGCCGCAUUGUCAAUAUCUCCAGUGUGCUUGGAAGAAUAUGUUUCCCUUCAAGUCCAUACUGUGUCUCAAAAUUUGGAGUGGAGGCAUUCAAUGAUUGCCUGAGGUUAAACCUGGCACCAUUUGGCGUUAAAGUACUAUGCAUUGAACCAGGAUUCUUCAAAACAAACAUGGCAGACACUAGACAUGUUCAAGACAGUUUACGGAAAAUAUGGGCCAGGCUACCACAAGAUGUCAGGGAUGACUAUGGAAGUGACUACAUUGAUCGGGUGAAAGUAAUGCUGACAGAGAAGAUUGAGAAGAAUCUGGAUGGAGAUCUGAUGAAAGUGGUGAACUGCAUGGCACAUGCUGUUUCUGCUGUCUAUCCUCGCACCCGCUACUCUGCCGGCUGGGACGCAAAAUUCUUCUGGCUGCCUUUGUCCUACAUGCCAUCAUUUAUUUCUGAUACCAUUCUAUUAAAAAACAGCAUCAGUCCUAAAGCUUUUAAUUAAUAUGGCAUUUUUUGUUACAAGACAUUAACCACUAAAUACAACAUAAUCAUGUGUAAAAUUUAAUUUCAAUAAUCCCACUAUGUUUUAGCAAUAAAUAAUUUGUUAGUUAGAGAUUGAGAAGGAGCUGAAGGGGCAGAGCAACAAGAACAUAAACUAAACGUAAAAAUGUGUACAAAUUGAUCUUCAAUGUUAAUGGUAUAUAUCUGGACAUCAAUGGCAAUAAAGCUGCAUGUUGAAAAUACA